AUGUCAGUCAGCAUACAUGAGAAUCGUAAAUCCAGAGCCAGUACUGGCUCUAUGAACAUCUAUCUGUUCCAUAAAUCUUCAUAUGCUGACAAUGUACUCACUCACCUCAACCUAUUACGACAGCAAUGCCUCUUUACAGAUGUCCUCUUACUGGCGGGAAACAGGUCUUUCCCUUGCCACCGUGCUGUCCUGGCUGCUUGCAGUCGCUAUUUUGAAGCCAUGUUCAGUGGUGGUCUUAAAGAAAGCCAAGCCAAUGAGGUAAACUUCCACAGUGCUAUUCACCCAGAAGUUCUAGAGCUUCUAUUGGAUUAUGCUUAUUCGUCCAGAGUCAUCAUCAAUGAAGAAAAUGCUGAAUCUCUUUUGGAAGCAGGAGAUAUGUUGGAGUUUGAGGACAUCAGAGAUGCUUGUGCGGAAUUCUUGGAGAAAAACCUUCAUCCUACCAACUGCUUAGGCAUGCUUCUCCUCUCUGAUGCUCACCAGUGCACUAAGCUCUAUGAACUGUCUUGGAGAAUGUGCCUUACCAACUUCCAAACCAUCUGCAAAACUGAAGACUUUCUCCAACUACCCAAAGAACUGGUGGUACAGCUCUUAUGCCAUGAGGAACUGGAAACUGAAGAUGAAAGAAUGGUAUAUGAAUCUGCAAUGAACUGGAUUAACUACGAUCUCAAUAAGCGGCAUUGUUACCUUCCAGAGCUGCUCCAAACUGUUCGAUUGGCUCUUCUGCCUGCCAUAUAUCUCAUGGAGAAUGUGGCAAUGGAGGAGCUUAUCAUUAAACAGAAAAAAAGCAAAGAACUAGUAGAAGAAGCUAUUCGGUGUAAAUUAAAAAUAUUACAAAAUGAUGGCGUGGUGACCAGCAUGUGUGCUAAGCCUCGUAAAACUGGACAUGCUCUGUUUCUUCUGGGAGGACAGACUUUUAUGUGUGAUAAAUUAUACCUUGUUGACCAGAAGGCAAAGGAGAUCAUACCCAAGGCAGAUAUCCCAAGCCCCCGCAAAGAAUUCAGUGCAUGCGCAAUCGGUUGCAAAGUGUAUAUCACUGGAGGCAGGGGUUCUGAAAAUGGUGUCUCCAAAGAUGUUUGGGUUUAUGACACUCUACAUGAGGAGUGGUCAAAGGCUGCUCCAAUGCUUGUUGCACGGUUCGGCCAUGGCUCUGCUGAACUAAAACACUGUUUGUAUGUAGUAGGGGGACACACUGCAGCCACAGGCUGUCUUCCUGCCUCUCCAUCUGUGUCCUUAAAACAAGUGGAGCAGUAUGACCCAGCAACCAACAAGUGGACAAUGGUUGCUCCUCUUCGAGAAGGUGUCAGCAAUGCAGCUGUGGUCAGUGCAAAACUCAAACUGUUUGCAUUUGGUGGAACCAGCGUUAGCCAUGACAAGUUGCCCAAGGUUCAGUGCUAUGAUCCUUCAGAAAACAGAUGGACUGUACCAGCUACUUGCCCACAGCCCUGGCGCUACACCGCAGCAGCUGUUUUGGGAACCCAGAUCUUCAUCAUGGGUGGAGAUACAGAGUUCUCAGCCUGUUCAGCUUAUAAAUUCAACAGUGAAACUUAUCAGUGGACUAAAGCUGGAGAUGUUACAGCCAAGAGAAUGAGCUGUCAUGCAGUAGCAUCUGGCAAUAAACUGUUUGUAGUUGGAGGGUAUUUUGGAAUUCAGAGGUGCAAAACAUUGGACUGUUAUGAUCCAACAAUUGAUGCGUGGAACAGCAUAACUACAGUUCCAUAUUCUCUUAUCCCCACGGCAUUUGUCAGCACGUGGAAACAUCUGCCGUCCUAA